AUGGUGAUCGCAAUUUCCAGGCACUUUGGAUGGCCCAUCGACCAGCUUGGUGUGGUGACGGCUUUCCUGUAUGGCAUCAUGAAGGAACAAGUGUUCUGUGUGAUUCCUGAAGGUGUUGAUCUGGAUGGUGAUUUUGACUGUCUGGAAUUGGUGAAGACAAUUUACGGCCUGAAGCAAGCUUCGCGAGUAUGGAACGAGACGUUUGACGAGUUUGUGUGUUUCAUUGGAUUUCAAGUGUCAGGCUUCGACCCAUGUCUCUACAUCAAGACUUCGGACGGCCAUUGUGUAUUUGUACUGGUCUAUGUGGAUGACGUGUUGGUGACAGGAAGCUCACCCAAGUUGAUUGCACACACCAAGGAAGACCUGAAGACACGCUUCGAGAUGACUGAUAGCGGCAAGUGUACAUUUGUUCUUGGAAUUGAGCUUUUGGACGGUGAAGAUGGCAGUGUGACACUAUGUCAGCGUCGGUAUGUCGAUGAUAUCCUCAAGCGCUUUGGCAUGGAUGAUUGCAAGGCUGUGUCAAGUCCAGUGGAUAUGAGCUCUCGACUUGUUUCAAGCGAUGCAGCUACCAAGGUGGAUGCUCCGUUUCGCGAAGCUGUUGGUGCAUUGAUGCACCUGACCACUGCAACGCGUCCGGACAUUGCGUUUGCUGUGGGCUAUGUGUCGCGGUUCAUGGAAAAUCCCCAAGAAGAACACUGGGUUGCAGUUAAGCGCAUCUUUCGCUACCUACAAGGCACCAAGAUUCAUGGAUUUUGGUAUAAGCCAAGUGCAAGGAUCGACUUUCGUGGCUAUUCGGACGCAGACUGGGCCGGCGACCUUACUGAUCGCAAGUCAAUGUCUGGCUACGUUUAUGCUAUUGGUGCUCCAGUGAGUUGGGGCAGCAAGAAGCAGCCAACUGUGUCACUGUCUACAAGUCAAGCGGAGUACAUUGCGCUAAGUCUGGCCAUCCAGGAAGGCAAGUGGAAUUACCGCUUACCAUGCGAGAUCAUGGCGGCUGCUAACGGGGACGAACCCGAGCUCACGAUCCGCAAAGACAACCAGUCCUGCAUCAAAAUUACCAAGAAUCCGGUCAACCACGGCCGCGCCAAACACAUUGAUAUCAAGUACCAUCACAUUCGCGAUGAAGUGAAGCGUGGUGAAGUGAAGCUUGGAUACUGCGAGACGACGAUGAUGUUGGCAGACAUAUGA